AUGCCACCGAAGCGCAAAACACCCGGUUCCGCCGCCCAGCCGGCCUCGUCGAAGCGUGUGCGAAUCGCCUCAGGCACGCCCCCGACGCGUGCGCGAUCGCCGGAGGAGAAGGAGACGGGGCGCCAGGACGAGAACGGGGAUGGGAUUGACGCUGGGGGCGGAGCGAUAGUGAGUGAAGAGACUGUGAGCGGUAAGAGGGCGCCCGGGAGACCACGGCGGAACACACUGGAGGCGCCGACACAGACAGCAGCCCCGUCGACGCCCAAAGCCGGAGGAGCCAGCGGCCGCCGCAAGACCCCCGCCACGACGACACGGAACAGCCGGUCUGCCACUGCCCCUGAAACCCAAGCGGCAGCAGCAGCAGUCCCGGCCGGGGACCCCCCCCUAGCAGCAGCAGUAGAAGAAGAAGGAGAAGAAAGAGAAGGAGAACAAGAAGACGCCGACCUCCCCCUCCCCACCGGCGACGUCUUCGACGCCCCCUCCUCCGACGAACUCUCCCAAUCACAGCGCGUCAACCCCACGCCCAAGCGCCGCCCCAAGCCACGCAUCACCUACAAGUCGCGGCGCACAUCCGUCGGCGAAUCCGACGACGACCCGCUCACGCGCUCGCCACACACCACACGCUCCUCGCCGAUCAAGGUCGCUGCCAAAGCCGUUGACCUGCCCACCACCCCCGCGACGACGAUUAAGCCGCGCUCGAAGCCGCCGCGCGCAAGAAAGAAGGAUGCGCCGCGCGCUGAUGCGCUGCCGGGGGAGGAGGACGGGACGCCGAGUGCGGCGGUGCGCGCCGCGAGGGGCGGGUACGGGAGUGUGCAUGAGACGGAUGCGGAGGGGGAGGAUGAAGACAUCGCGGUCGAGGUCGAGGCGGAAGAGGAGGUGGACCCUGACGAGGACGUUGUCGGCGGGGAUGGUCGGAUCGCUGCAGCGCCAGCACCGGCACUAGCAACCGCGCAGAAGGACCGGGAGAAGGAGAAGGCUGCUCGGCGGCGCUCGAUGCCGACGCCGGCGAAGAAGACGGUGGAGCUGGACGGGAUGAAGGAUCCGUUUGCGAUCGACGAUGAGCCGAGGAAGACGGCUGAGAAGAAGAAGCAGAACGGUGGUGCGCCGGCAAAGAAGUUUGACCAGGCGGCGAUGAAGGCGCUGAAGAAGCACCUGCUGCCCAAGCUGAUGGGGCGGGAGCGUGUCAAGCUCGUGGGCGUGGAGGAGGAGGAGGCGCAUGUGCGGAAUCUGCUGGAGCAGACUGUCACUGCGGGAGAGGGAAACUCGAUGUUGAUCAUUGGCGCGCGCGGCAGUGGCAAAACUACACUCGUCGAAAGCGCCAUCGCCGACCUCAAACUCCAGCACCCGCACGACUUCCACACCGUCCGCCUCACCGGGUUCCACCAAACCGACGACCGCCUCGCCCUGCGCGAGAUCCUGCGCCAACUCGGCCACGAAAUGGCGCUUCCCGCCUCCGACACGCCCAAGACCUCCUUCGCUGACACCCUCACCACCAUCCUCGCCAUGCUCUCGCACCCGGACGACCUCGCCACCAGCACCCCCCCACCUCCCCGCACGCCUCCCCCGCCCCAAAAACCUCCCUCAGCCGCCCCCAUCGCCGUCAUCGGCACAACAACCCACCUCACAAUAACCCACUCCCUCGAAAAACGCGUCAAGUCCCGCUUCUCACAACGCACAGUCCACCUCCACCCACCACCCACCCUCGCCGCCUUCUGGGCGCGCAUCCGCCCCUCCCUCGCCGCAGACACAACCACUACAUACGACCCCCCCGCCAUCUACAAGCACUGGAACACCCACCUCGACGCCCUCCACGACACCCCCGCCUUCCAGACACACCUGCGCCGCGCGUUCGCGCGCUCCGCGUCAGUCCGCGCGUUCCUCAACGAGUGCGUCAUGGCCGUGUCCGCACUGCCCUCCUUGGGCGGUGUGUUUCCGGGGGCAGACGCGUUCGCGCCCGCGCUCGGCGAGCCAGAUAAUGUGCUGUGCGUCCUCUCCGGCCUCAGCGACCUAGAGCUGUCGCUGCUGAUUGCUGCGGCGCGGUUGGAUAUCGUGAGUGAUACAGACACGUGUAAUUUCAGCAUGGCGUAUAGUGAGUAUGCGGGGCUUGUUGGGGGGGUUAAGGUUGCUGCUGCUGCGGCGGGGGUUGUUGCGGGGCGGGUGUGGGGGAGGGAGGUGGCAAGGGGGGCGUGGGAGCGGUUGGCGGGGUGGGGGUUGUUGACGGCGGUGGGCAAGGGGGGUGGGGGGGCGGAGGGGAUGUGGAGGGUUGAGGUUGGGUUGGGGGAGAUUGGGGGGGUUGUGGAGAGGGGGGGCACGGGCGGGGGGAGGGCGGUGUUGGGGAAGUGGUGUAGGGAGGUUUAG